AUGGCGACCUCCCCCGCCGCACCCGCACCGGCAGCACCCGCCGCCGCGGACGCCCCCGCGAACCCCCACAAGCGCAAGAACAAGGGGAAGGGAGGGGGCAACCCCCACAAGAAGAAGAAGCUGCUGAAGGGCCCCGACGACCGCCGCCGCCGCAACAAGCCGAGCGCCAAGUUCCUCAAGCUGCUCGAGAAGCGCGCCCGUGACUACAACUCCGACGACGACGAAGACGACGUCCAGCGCCAGCCGCGAAGGUUGCAGCCACGGCCACCGAAGCGGCGGGACGGUGCCGGUGACGCUGCUCCCGAUGGGGACGAGGCCGAGGCCGAGGCCCCGUCGUCAGAGGAGGAGGCCUCCAGCUCCGGCGGCGAAUCGGACGACGGCGAGAAGGUGGUCACGAGGUUCGAGGAAGGCUGCAGGGCUUUCCGGGUCGCCUUCACCAAGAUCAUGUCCAAGAGGCUCGCCGACGACCCAUUGGGUCCAAUCCUGUCGGCGCACAAGAAAUUGGUCGCCGCCAAGCUGGCCGAGGAGGCGGACGAGCAUAAGUCCAAGGGAGACGCCCGCAAGGAGAAGCGCAUUGCUGCGCAGAAGGGUCAUGUCAUGCCUGCAGAUCAUGUUGACAACAAAGAGAAGAUGCUCAUCAAGGUUGCAACCCAAGGGGUUGUCAGGUUGUUCAAUGAGGUGAGCAAGCGGCAGGCUCGUAAAGGUUUGAAUCCAUCGAGAAGUAAAGCAGCUUUGGCAAAAGAAGGGACACACUCUGUACCAUCUAGCCAAGGACAAAAGGGCCAGGCAUCUUCCAAGUUUUCUAAGCAUAUCGGCAAAGACGAAGAUGAGCCAGGGUGGGCACCUCUACGCGACACAUACAUGCUUGGUACCAAAUUGAAGGACUGGGAUAAAGCACAGGAUUCUGAUGUGGCUCAACAAACUGAGGUCCCUCUGGACAACUUUUCUGAUGAUGAAUAGGAAACAUAAUUCUGUUGUACUGCUGGCUGGUUGAUGGGCUACAAUUGAAAGGGGGAAAGCAGGGUGGUCGAUGUUUCUUGAAAGCAGGAGAAGAAAGGUGCUUCUGAUGGUUUUCUGUUACUAGGUUUUAUUGCACCCAAGAGCGCAAGAAUUCAUCAGAAGGCUCUAGUUUUUUUUUUCUUUCGUCGUGUAUGGCUGUAUGCGUGCCAUGUAUACGUUGCAUACUUUGUAUCAACAACAGAAUUAUUGCGAACUUUUUGUCACAGAUGCUAAUUGAGUGUACAUUGCAAACA